AUGUCUAUAUUAAUUGAACGGCUCCAGAAAGAUUUGUUUGACAUAUUUAGCGGUUGCGACUGUGGCAACGCUGAUUGCUACCUGUUGCAUUUCAUAGUAAGAACACUCAUUUCAAUCUGUCUCACUGUAUUGAAAUUAAGGAGACAAAAUCAUUUGACUCCUGAUAAUCUUUAUCUGCUACAAAGGAAACUGAAUUUAUUCAUAUUUUCGCAGGAAAAGUAA